CUCUUUCAGUUCCGCUGAAUCCCAACCUCCGCAGAACACAGAGCCAAAAUCUUCUCUCAAAUCCGAAACUCUCUCGCUAAACGGCGCCGUUUGCCACCAAACCGCCGUGCGCCGCCUCUCGUUUCUUCUCCGCCUCCGCCACCGAAGAAUCCAGAGGUCUCCGGAUUCUCCAGGUACACGAAUCUUCAAUGUUCGGAAACUCUAUUCUGGUUUAUUACGCGAGUUCAUGGAUAUGGUAGAAGUUUCGAAAACAAUGCAUUCGAGCUGUUAAUUAUAGUUAUGUGAAUUCGGAAUUUGGAAUUAGGAUUAGGAAUUUAGGAUUAGAAUCAAGGGAUUAGGGGUUUUUUGAGUUGUAGGGGAGAUAAGAUUAGAGAUAUGAAAGGACGAUCCCACCGGUUUCAGAGUUCGGACCCGCCGGACGACUGGGUGGACGAGUCGUGGACGGUGGAUUGUUUGUGUGGUGUGACUUUCGACGAUGGGGAGGAGAUGGUGAAUUGCGACGAGUGCGGUGUUUGGGUGCACACGCGGUGUUCUAGGUAUGUGAAGGGAGAUGAUAAUUUUGUUUGUGAUAAAUGUAAGAGGAGGAAUAGUAGGAAUGAUAGUGAGGAAACUGAGGUUGCGCAAUUGUUGGUUGAGCUGCCGACUAAGACAGUGAGGAUGGAGAGUUCGUUUCCGCCGCCGCCGAGUAUGCCUGCUCGGCGGCCUCUUAGGCUUUGGACAGAUAUUCCGAUGGAGGAGAGGGUGCAUGUGCAGGGGAUUCCGGGGGGUGAUCCUGCUUUAUUUGGUGGACUGUCGUCGGUUUUUACUCCGGAGCUGUGGAAGUCUACGGGAUAUGUGCCGAAAAAGUUUAAUUUUCAGUACAGGGAGUUCCCUUGUUGGGACAAGAAAGAGGAGGCUGAUGAUAGAUUUGAUGAAGACAGUGAGAAUGCUGUGGAUAAAGGUGCCGGUGUUCUGUUCUCGUUGUUGAAUGAGAGUGUCUUGGCAAACCCAGUGGCUGCUUUGGUUGGAAUGAGGAGCCGAGAAGGUGGGUAUGACAAGAGGGUGUCUUUGAAAGAGACAAAAAGGUGGGAUAAGGAGGUUCGUGAUCUUAGGUGUGCUCAGAGUGGUGGGAAGAAGGAGAGGAGUUUGCUUCGGCCCAUGGUGUUACAUACAGGAAAGCGUAAGAAGGACGAUCUUGGGACAUCCAAAGAUCGGAUUGCCAAGAAGAGGGCUAGAGCUGCUGAGAAAGAGGCUGAUGCAAGGAAGAGAGGGGCUCAAUCGUCUAAAUCAGUGUUUACACCCUCAAGUGAUGCAAAACAAUUGGAAUUUUCUGAGGACAGAGGUCCGAAGAUUUCUAAGGCUGAUGUUCAGAGUGUGAAGUAUAAGAGGUCAAGCAACUCUGUGGUUCGAGAACCUGCAACAAAUGUUUCUCUUGCGACAGACUAUACUGUUGAAAAGCACUCUUCCGAAGCCUUACUUUCUGAUAGGUCUAAAACAGUUGGUGAUGGACUAAAGGAAGACAAGGUGGAACACCAAGUUUCUACAGUGCCGGGGAACAUGACUAUCACCAAAAUGGAUGAUGCUGCUGUUGCAUCAUUGUUAGAAUUAAAUGAUGCUAGUAGGACUGAUUGUCUACAAGAACAGGGAGAUAGCACAGAAGAUGAUAAUGUGAAUGUCAAACCACCCAUCGAAAAUGUUAGCACACCACCAGAGGUUGAAGAUCAGAAUCACUGUCCUACUGGCGACAGGUCCAUUCAACGUUCUCCCAAUGGAAAAACUGAAGACCAUGAGGACAUUUCUCGGAGCCUGUUGGAUGUACAGUCUUCUCUUCACGGUGAUGCAAAAGAUCUUGGCAAAUGUUCCGAUCAAGUGUCUGAAAGUGCAAAAGAUAAUGCUGUAACAUUAAACAUCCCACUAUCCAGUGACCAGAAGGUGCAAAGUGCCGAAAAAACUUCUGAAGCAGUUGAUUCUCAUACAGACAGGGGUGAUGUAGUAUCUGGUGAUUGCCAGCCUAAACGGGAAUCAGAAAGUUUGGCAGGUUCAAUUACUCUGCAAAAAUGUUCUUCAGAUGUCAAACAUGGUUCAAAGCUUUCAGAAGAUCUUUCAAAGGCUGGUGGGAUCUUAAACUCUGCAGCAACACCGGGUCAGCUUAAAACAACUUCAAGUGCUGGGAAAUCUUCUACUGUUCCAUGCACGAGUUUGACCCCCAAAUCAUCCACUCCUCAGAACUUAAAAUCUGGGGAUGUUCAGAAUCCUAAUCCAUUUACUAAGCAACGAGUAGUGUCUGAAAGUAAAGUUAGCAUCAAGAAAGAUCGUGCUUCAUCUGCAGACAUGGAUCAUGAUAAGGACAAUAUGCCAAGGAAAAUAGUAAAAGAGCACUUAAGAUCCCCUACAAGUUCUGCUCUGAAAACCCCACACUUUAGCAGGAAUUCACAUGAUUCUGUAUCCAAGCGGACCACAUCAGAAUCAAAAGAUUCAUUGCUUCACUCAUCAUCCAAGACAUUGUCAGAAGGAGAUACUGCAGUUCCUGCCGGCUCUAGUGAGAAGGUACAUGGGCAGAAUAAAAGUUCAGCUUCAAGUGCAAUGCAAAGAGGUGAAAAGUUGAACCAGACAACUUCUUCCAAGACUAGUCAGAAUCAUGCACCACCUGCUUGUCCACCUGCACCAUCUAGUUCUCAAGCAAAACUAAGUGACGAGGAACUCGCUUUACUUUUACAUCAAGAACUCAACAGUUCUCCCAGAGUACCUCGUGUACCACGUGCUCGUCAUGCGUCUAGCUUACCUCAGCUGGCUUCUCCAACUGCAGCAAGCAUGUUAAUAAAGCGUACAUCUUCUUCUAGCGGAAAGGAUCACAACGCGGGCUCUAGAAGAAAAGUGAGGGAUGCUUAUAAAGAUGGGGUCCGAAGUUCCCGUGAACUGGAUGAUGAAGCUAAGAAGAUGGACAGAGUCCCAUCUUCUCCAGAUCGUAGAAGACAAGACACAGCAAGUACAGUGGACGCUGCUGCUAAGAGGGAGGAGAAUGCAUCUUCAACAGCCUCACAUUCUUACAAAAAGACUAUCCCUUCUACCUCCAUUCCAACUGCAAGCAGUGGUCGAUCUUCAUCCACUGAGGCUAAUGAUCGCAAUUUGCCAUCUGUACGCAGUUCACCGAGGAAUGUGUCUGACGAUGAUAUGGGGGCAGUUGGUCCUGUUCAUCAUACUUUACCAGGCUUAAUAAAUGAGAUUAUGAGUAAAGGCAGACGAAUGACGUAUGAGGAGCUCUGCAAUGCUGUGAUGCCGCACUGGCAUAACCUGAGAAAGCACAAUGGUGAGCGUUAUGCAUAUACAAGUCCUUCGCAGGCCGUUCUUGAUUGCCUUCGGAAUCGACAUGAAUGGGCUCGAUUAGUUGAUCGUGGUCCGAAGACAAACCCUAGGAAAAAGCGAAGACCUGAUGCUGACGAUUCAGAGGAUAAUGAAUAUGGCAGGGUCAAUCCAAAGGAGUUAGACAGUAAAAGCAUUGAUACACAGAGAGAGGACUUCCCGAAGGGCAAGAGAAAAGCUCGAAAACGCAGAAGACUGGCCCUUCAUGGACGAGGAAUAAAGGAUGUCAGGGAGAAACGGAAAACAGAUGUGCUCACCGACGAUGAUGUUGGGCCGUCGUUUUCUAAUUCCACCGAGGAAACUGUGUCAGAGGAUGAUAAUCAGGGAGGUGGAGCAGGUCCAGUUGGAAGUGAGGCCACUUCUAGUUCAGAGGAGGCAGGGACAAGUUGAUUGUCCACAGUCUGGUCUAACCUCCAGGGCUCCGGUAGAGCAACGGCUUGGAAGAACGGAAGAGUCAAGAGUGUAAUAUUAGUGUACAUAGUAAUGUAUAUUUAUGGGUCAGAAAUCUUUGUUUCUUUAGGGAGUAAUUCAAAUUUGAUCGAGUAAAACAUUAGGCAGAGGCUGCACCUGAUCACUACAAAACAAUGUAGAAUUCAUCAUCUUACUUUGCGUGGUAGAGUUUAACACUCUAACUUAU